AUCGCAAGAUCUCGCGGACUGGCUUUAAACCAAAGCCUUCGUCUUGGAGCUCUCCCCAUCUUUCACUUUCUCUCUCCUCGUACUUCACUCCCCCCCCUCCUCUCUCUCUAGAAUCUGAUCGUAUAUUCAUUCUCUCUUUCUCUGUACAGGCUCGGAACUUGGAAUCAAUUUCCCGGGAUUCUAGAUGUUUCGGAGCUAUGAAUGAGUGGAAAUGUUGCAGUGAAUCGGCGAUGUUGUUUUUAGCUCAAAUUUUCUACGAUUUUCUGUUUGUUUCUCGAGAAAUUUUUCGUAAGAGGAAGAAAAGAUGUGCGGCGCUUGAAAUUUUGAAAUCCUUUUGCUUUGAGAAACAGUGAAAGUGAAAAGGUAUUAGCUUUGAUGAGAGUGAUAGGUGUAAUCCAACAAGAGGCGAGCAAAAAUUGAGGAGCGUGUCAACGAAUAUGAGCAAUUCCGUAGGCCAUAACUUGCUCAAUCAGAGCUUGUUUCAAAGCAAGAUAAAUUCUUCUGGUAUUCCUACCAACACAUUGUUUCAAGCUAAGAGCGUCCACCAAGUGACAGCUCAGGCGCGAAAAUCACCCAUAUCCAAGAAAUUCUGUGGGAACACUUUGAACGUUCAGAAACCGACGUUAGCCAUGGGGUCACGCUGCCCCGUUACAGCUAUUCCUCGUGCCGUAUUAACCACUGAUCCGCCUUCCAAUCAGCAGCUUGCUGGAAAAUUCAAUCUCGAUGGGAAUAUUGAAAUGCAGGUUUAUGUGAAUCCUUCCACACCGGGAUCUGCCACUCAAGUAGAUAUCCGUGUAGCAUAUAGCGGUGACUCUUUGACUCUUCACUGGGGUGGGAUAAAAGAUAGAAAAGAAAAAUGGGUGUUUCCAUCUCGUCACCCAGAUGGAACCAAAGUAUAUAAAAACAAAGCUCUUAGAACACCUUUUGUGAAUUCCGGCUCCAGUUCCUUGCUUCAAAUUGAGAUUGAUGAUCCUACAAUACAAGCAAUCGAAUUUCUUUUAGUUGAUGAAAGCCAGAACAGAUGGUUUAAGAACAGUGGUGAUAACUUUCAUGUUAAGUUACCUGCAAAAGAGAAGUUGAUAUCCAAUGCUUCAGUUCCUGAAGAGCUUGUACAAAUUCAAGCAUAUUUGAGGUGGGAAAGAAAGGGUAAACAGAUGUAUACACCAGAGCAAGAAAAGGUGGAGUACGAAGCAGCCCGAACUGAGUUAUUGGAGGAAGUAGCUAGGGGUACUUCCAUACAAGAGCUCCAAGCAAGGUUGACCAAGAAAAAUGAUGGUGGUAAGAUUGAAGAGCCAUCUGGUUCUGAUACAAAGGCUGCAAAAAAAUCUGAAAGCAAAAAGGUUUUUAGAACCGAGAGAAUUCAACGCAAGAGGAGGGACUUAACGCGGAUUAUCAACAAACAUGCUACUAAACCUGUUGAUGAAGCUAAAUUUGUAGAUGAAGAACAUCCAGCCAAACCAAAACCCUUGACAGCAGUUGAGCUUUUCGCCAAGGAAAAGGAAGAACAGGAUGGAGGUUCUAUUCUGAGGAAAAACAUCUUCAAGAUCAAUGAUAAGGAACUUCUGGUACUUGUAACCAAGCCUGCUGGGAAGACAAAGGUUCAUCUGGCAACAGAUUUCAAAGAGCCACUUACCCUUCACUGGGCUUUAUCUGCAAGCAAGGCUGGAGAGUGGUCGGAACCACCUGCAAAUACACAUCCCCAGGGUUCAGUUGCUCUAAAUGGGGCUGUUGAAACACAAUUUAGACCAAGUUCCACUGACUCUGCUUAUGAGGUUCAAUCUAUAGAAAUAGAAAUUGAAGGAGAGAGUUUUAAAGGAAUGCCGUUUGUCCUUAAUGCUUCUGGGAACUGGAUGAAGAAUCAAGGCUCCGAUUUCUAUGUUGACUUUGGCGUCGAACGCAAGAAAGCUCAGAAGGAUACUGGUGAUGGCAAAGGUACUGCAAAGGCUUUGUUGGAUAAAAUAGCCGACCAGGAGAGUGAGGCACAGAAAUCCUUUAUGCAUCGAUUUAACAUUGCAGCAGACUUGGUCAAUCAAGCAAAAGAUGCUGGUGAAUUAGGUCUUGCAGGUAUAUUGGUGUGGAUGAGGUUUAUGGCUACGAGGCAGCUCAUUUGGAAUAAAAAUUACAAUGUGAAACCACGUGAGAUUAGUAAAGCACAGGACAGGCUCACGGACUUGCUCCAGAAUGUUUAUGCAAAUUAUCCACAGUAUCGCGAACUUCUACGGAUGAUCUUGUCUACCGUUGGCCGUGGAGGAGAAGGGGAUGUGGGACAGCGAAUUCGAGAUGAGAUCCUUGUUAUCCAGAGAAAAAAUAAUUGCAAAGGUGGAAUGAUGGAGGAAUGGCAUCAAAAGUUGCAUAAUAACACAAGUCCAGAUGAUGUUGUUAUUUGUCAGGCAUUAAUAGAUUACAUAAAAAAUGACUUUGAUAUUGGUGUUUACUGGAAAACUUUGAAUGAGAAUGGAAUCACAAAAGAACGUCUCCUGAGCUACGAUCGUGCAAUCCGUAAUGAACCAAAUUUCAGGAGAGAUCAGAAAGAUGGUCUUCUGCGUGAUCUGGGGCACUACAUGAGAACUUUGAAGGCUGUUCAUUCAGGUGCAGAUCUUGAGUCUGCCAUUCAAAAUUGUAUGGGCUACAAAGAUGAGGGUCAAGGAUUCAUGGUUGGAGUACAAAUAAAUCCUAUAUCCGGCUUGCCAUCUGAAGUUCCAGACCUCCUGCGAUUUGUACUAGAACAUGUUGAGGACAAGAAUGUGGAAGUCCUUAUUGAGGGUUUGCUUGAGGCGCGCCAGGCGCUUUGGCCAUUGCUCUCUAAGCCUCAUGAUCGUCUGAGGGAUCUUUUAUUUUUAGACAUUGCCCUUGAUUCUACUGUUAGGACCGCAAUUGAGAGGGGAUAUGAAGAACUGAAUAAUGCUGGACCAGAGAAAAUUAUGUACUUCAUCUCCUUAGUUUUAGAAAACCUGGCCCUAUCAUCAGACGAUAACGAAGAUCUCAUUUACUGUUUGAAGGGAUGGGAUCAGGCUCAAAACAUGUUAAAAAGUAAAAGCAAUGACUGGGCAUUAUAUUCAAAAUCAAUCCUAGACAGAACCCGCCUUGCACUUGCAAACAAGGCAGAAUCGUAUCACAGAAUUUUACAGCCAUCAGCAGAAUACCUCGGAGCACAGCUUGGAGUGGACCAAUGGGCUGUGAACAUAUUUACUGAAGAAAUAAUCCGUGCUGGAUCAGCUGCAUCUUUAUCCUCACUUCUGAAUCGGCUUGAUCCGGUUCUUCGAAAGACUGCUAAUAUGGGCAGUUGGCAGGUUAUCAGCCCAGUUGAAGUUGUUGGAUAUGUGGUCUAUGUGGAUGAAUUGCUCACUGUUCAGAAUAAAGUUUACAGCAAGCCCACAAUUUUGGUGGCAAAAAGUGUAAAAGGUGAGGAAGAAAUUCCAGAUGGCACUGUUGCUGUUCUGACACCAGAUAUGCCAGACGUCCUAUCUCAUGUCUCUGUCCGUGCAAGAAAUAGCAAGGUUUGUUUUGCGACAUGCUUUGACCCCAAUAUUCUGGCCGACCUCCGAGCUAGUGAAGGGAAGUUAUUACGUCUAAAGCCAACACCUGCUGAUAUAGUUUAUAGUGAGGUCAAUGAGGGUGAGCUAGAUGCAGAUUCAACUGAUUCAAAAGAAGACACUCCAUCUCUGACAUUGGUCAAGAAAAAAUUUACUGGUAGAUAUGCCAUAUCAUCUGAUGAGUUCACAAGCGAUAUGGUUGGAGCUAAAUCACGUAAUAUUGCUUAUGUAAAAGGAAAACUUCCGUCUUGGGUUGGAAUUCCUACAUCGGUUGCCCUACCAUUUGGAUCAUUUGAAAAGGUUCUUUCAGAAGAUUCAAACAAGGCAGUGGCUGAAAAGUUGGAAACUCUAAAGAAAAAGUUGAAAGACGGAGAUUUUGAUUCGCUCAAGAAGAUUCGGGAAACAGUUUUACAGCUGGCAGCACCGCCCCAGUUGGUGCAAGAGCUGAAGACUACAAUGAAGGGGUCAGGAAUGCCUUGGCCUGGUGAUGAAGGUGAACAACGGUGGGAACAAGCAUGGACGGCUAUAAAAAAGGUCUGGGCUUCAAAGUGGAACGAGAGAGCGUACUUCAGCACGAGAAAAGUGAAAUUAGAUCACGACUAUCUUUGCAUGGCUGUCCUUGUUCAGGAAAUCAUAAACGCUGACUAUGCAUUCGUUAUUCACACAACUAACCCAUCUUCAGGAGACUCAUCAGAGAUAUAUGCUGAGGUUGUUAAGGGGCUUGGAGAAACCCUAGUUGGAGCUUAUCCUGGACGCGCUCUAAGUUUUAUUAGCAAAAAGAAUGAUCUGGACUCUCCUCAGGUGAUAGGAUACCCUAGCAAACCCAUUGGCCUCUUUAUAAAACGGUCUAUAAUCUUUCGAUCUGAUUCCAAUGGUGAAGAUCUCGAAGGUUAUGCUGGUGCAGGUCUUUACGACAGUGUACCUAUGGAUGAGGAAGAGAAAGUCGUGGUUGACUACUCAUCUGACCCGCUGAUGGUUGAUGGAAACUUCCGCAAGACAAUCCUCUCUAGCAUUGCUCGUGCAGGAAGCGCAAUCGAGGAACUGUAUGGAUCUCCACAAGACAUUGAAGGUGUGAUCAGGGACGGUAAACUCUAUGUUGUCCAGACAAGACCCCAAAUGUGAUUCAUAUCUUUUGUAUUCUUUCUACGAUUUGUGUCAUAGACAUUGUUUACUGUAGAAUGAGAAUAAAAAACGAAACAAAUAAUGAGAAAAAUUUGUAUCUUCUGAGGCAUGCCUGUUUACAAGAAGCAAUAUGCUUUCAUUAGUUUUGUAAAAUACUCCAUUGACUCCAUCAAUUUAUAUAUAAAUAGAGGGGCAUAUUUUGUAUUUA